GGCUUGGUUUGAUUGAGGUCCGCCGUUGUUCUGUUUAGCUCUAUAUAUCUGUCGUUCUGGAGUCCCGAACUGUCGUUUGAUUACACGGUUUUAUAUUCUUAACAGCUACGAGCUGGAAUAACACAUAGACAAUGCCUUCUCAUGGCCGGCAACGGUUACAUGCGCUAUCCUCUCCCCUCCUCUCCGUCAUGAUCCUUCCAUUCCUUCUUUUCCUUCUCAGUUUCCCCGCCCAAGCAGCCGCUGCCGGGUCAGCGGUGAUAGGUAUCGAUGUCGGAACCGAAUAUCUCAAAGCAGCAUUAGUGAAGCCCGGAAUCCCACUCGAGAUCGUCCUCACCAAGGAUUCGAAGCGCAAAGAGACGGCUGCCGUCGCAUUCAAGCCUACGAGAGACAACGCCGUGUUCCCCGAGAGGUUCUACGGUGGUGAUGCGCUUGGUCUGACGGCGCGGUAUCCCGACGAUGUCUACGCGAAUCUGAAGACUCUACUUGGUGUCCCGUUUAAUGUCGACGACGAGACAAUCCAAACGUAUCAGCACCGAUAUCCAGCUUUGAGGUUGGAAGCUGCUCCUGGUGAGCGCGGCACUGUUGGUCUGCGGAGUAACCGGCUCGGUGAGUCGGAGCGGAAAGAUGCGUUCUUGGUCGAGGAACUCUUGGCUAUGCAAUUGAAGCAGAUCAAGGGUAAUGCCGAGAAUCUUGCCGGUACAGGGUCCGAUAUUAGAGAUGCCGUUAUCACCUAUCCGGUGUUCUAUACCGCCGAUGAGAAAAAAAGUCUCGAAUUGGCGGCUGAGUUGGCCGGUUUGAACGUGAACUCAUUUAUUACCGAUGGUCUCGCGGUUGGUAUGAACUACGCCACUAGCCGUACGUUCCCUAGUGUCUCAGAGGGUCACAAGCCGGAGUAUCACGUCGUCUAUGACAUGGGUGCUGGUUCUACUACGGCCAGUGUUCUGCGUUUCCAGGGCCGCUCCGUGAAGGAUGUGGGUAAAUUCAACAAGACUGUUCAGGAAGUUCAAGUCCUGGGUUCGGCUUGGGACAAGUCUCUUGGAGGCGACGCUCUGAACGACCUCAUUGUCAAGGACAUGAUCGCGAAUCUGGUCGAGCACAAGACCCUCAAGGGUCGUGUUACCCCUGCGACCGUCGAAAGCCACGGAAAGACCAUGGCGAGACUGUGGAAAGAUGCCGAAAAAAUUCGCCAAGUCCUGAGUGCCAACACGGAAACUGGAGCCUCGUUUGAAAGUCUGUACGAGGAGGACUUGAACUUCAAGUAUCGCAUCAGUCGUUCCAAGUUCGAGGAGCUGGCCGCGCAGCAUAUUGCGCGAGUCGGUGGACCUUUGGAGCAGGCUUUGACAACUGCUGGAUUGCAGUUGAUUGAUGUUGAUUCUGUUAUCUUGCAUGGUGGUGCCAUCCGCACACCGUUUGUCCAGAAGGAGCUGGAGCGCAUUUGUGGAGUCCCAAACAAGCUCAGGACUAAUGUCAACGCUGAUGAGGCAGCGGUCUUCGGUGCAGCCUUCAAGGGUGCUGCCCUCAGCCCUAGUUUCCGUGUCAAGGACAUUCGUGCUAGUGACGCCGCUUCCUACGCUGUCUCGCUGAAGUGGCCUGCCGACGGCAAGGAAAGACAGCAGAAGCUGUUCACCUCGACGUCCCAGGUUGGCCCUGAGAAGCAGGUUACGUUGAAGAACUUGGAGGACUUUGAAUUUAGUUUCUCUCAGCACAUUGCUCCCGGCGGUGCAGUUACUGAGUCUCCGGUUCUGGCCGUGGAGACGCAGAAUCUCACUGCCUCUGUUGCUAAGCUAAAGGGCGACUUUGGUUGCUCGGACGCCAACAUCACUACCAAGUUCUCUGUCCGCCUUAGCCCUAUCAGUGGACUCCCAGAGGUUGUCGGUGGUUCUGUCAGUUGUGAUGUUGAGGGCGCGAAGAAGGGCAUUGUUGAUGAUGUCAAGGGUUUCUUUGGCCUGGGCUCCAAGAAGGAGGGUCAGGCUCCUCUCGGUGAGGACGGAGAGCCUGGUGAGUCUAUCACUUUGGAAGCUGAAGAGUCUCAAGCUUCGACAUCCACUGCCUCUGAUGCUAGCUCGACUACCACUAUCGAGGCCAAGAAGGGAACCCCUGAGGCCGAGGUCAGGGUUAUCCCUGUUAGCUUUAAGACGUCGCCGCGGGGUAUUCCCGCCCCCUCAUACGCAGAAAUCACUCGCAUCAUCAACCGCCUAUCUGCCUUCGACGCCUCCGACCGUGACCGUAAUCUACGCGAGGAGGCUUUGAACGAUCUGGAGUCGUUCAUCUAUCGCAGCCGGGACUUGGUCGAGGAUGAGGAGUUCAUUAGGAACCUCAAGGGCGAUCAGGUGUCUGUUCUCAAGGACUUGGUGUCUGCUGCUAGCGAGUGGUUGUAUGGCGACGGCGAGAAUGCAAAGACCGCCGAAUUCCAACAGAAACUCAAGUCCCUAAAGGACAUUGUCAGCCCUGCACUCAAGAGGAAGCAGGAAAGCGCUGACCGGCCGGUCAGGGUGGAGUUGAUUAAGGAAGUCCUGAAGAACUCGCAGACUAUCAUCGACGUUAUGAAGCAGCAAAUUAAGCAGGAUGAAGACGCCUACUCUUCGUCUGCAUCUUCCAGCGCAACCGAGGCAUCAUCGUCCAUUUCAGCUGGCGAAUCCGCUACGCCAUCCACCGAUCCCCUUGAGGACUUGGAGCAGGACUCUUACUCUUCCCCUUCUUCGUCUAAGACUACCUCAACAACCACAACCCCCAAGCCUACCGGCCCGAAGUACUCCAUCUUCCAGCCUAGCGACCUAUCCUCCCUCUCCAAAAUUCACGAGUCUACUAGCACCUGGUUCGAAACCAAGCUCGCGGAGCAAGCCAAACUCACUGAAUCCGAUGAUCCCGCUCUGACAAUCGUGGAGCUUGACACUCGGCUGAAGGAGCUGGAGCGUAUCCUGACGCGAGUUUACGCGAAGCUGGGAACUGCGUCUGGAAAGAACGGCCAGUCUACAAAGAAGGGCAACGGAAACAAGGGCAAGAAGGAGAAGGAACAGAAGCCAGAAAAGGAAUCUGUUCCGACACAUGAUGAGCUGUAA